GCCAAAACAUGCUGGAGCUCAGUCGUGUGGGGGGCAUCGUCUGGGUCGGUCGCCCGCUCAUCGUCGUGCGCGGUAUCACUGCGAUUUGUUUCUUGUCGACGUCGUCUGUCGAGCUCGAGACGGAUGGGAUCCUGAGCGUCUUUGUCACGAAACAGGUGCCGAUCUACAUGACAUGCCUCGCCGCGAACGAAGUCACGUGGCUUGUCGGCGUCGUCAACGACGUCUCGGUCGUCAUGACCCAAGACUACACGAUGACGUAUGCGACGAUCAACAGCUUGCUCGUCUGGCUUGUCUCGGCCUGCCUC